ACUUUCAUAACGCGACGAAUUUUCUCAACCACGCGCAAUUGCUCGCAUUGCUGCUUAAUACCAAUACAUUGGAGGUCCUGAGCAUGGAAUUACGCAUCACGACUACGGCCACACAGAACGACAAUAAUUUGCACUAUUUAUAACCUACCGAUACCAAUACCAAUACCACCACCACCGAUCUAAUCCCCAACCCCCAAUUAAUUCGCUAUGGCUGCCGCAUCCCCAACCCCCAUGGGCUCCUCCCAUUUUGGCUCCCUCGUUCGACGACCUUCUUCACGACAAGCGCCCUCGUGGAAACAGUCCUCACGAAUACAGACAUCGAGGCCUACAGCGGCUGCGGAAAGUCAUGCGCGAACCUAUUCCAUGGACAGUUCGGACGAUGAAAUUCCGGUUCCCAUGGUGCUAAGCGCUCUAACAAAUGCAUUGCUCAAUGAUGGGGGACCGACCGAGGCACAGUCACCCCCAAAGCCGUCACGAAGAAGCGCGUCUCCCAGCGAGGAGCACAGAUUUCGAAGGUCGGGAAGCAUUGCUCACGAACGAGGUUCGGGUUCGCCUGGUGCAUAUCCACGGAGGGUUGUGCGAUUGAGUGGCGGAACGCCCUCUUCUUUUCGCAGAUCAGGUUCCCACCAACUUGGCUCGAGAAAGAAUAGCGAACAGCCAUCCGCUGUCGAAGCUGAAAGUCCAGUCGACCUGGAAACACCGGCACCAGCUGUAAGAACAGUACGACUACCCGCGACCGCAAAUGGCAGCCAUGGCAGUCAUGGUAGCCACGGCUCCUCCUUCCGAGGCUCGUCGAGUAAACUCUCGAGUAGGACAGACUCGGCUGGUCGCAGUGAGCGGGAGGCCUCUGCAUCGCAGGAACACCCAGGAACAGUGGCAAGAUCACAAUUCGCUGCCAGUCAAGGGAGCGUGUCGAGGUAUGGGUCUUCAACAAUUGGGCGCAGGAGACUAGGAGAGGACGCUGGGCUACAAAGCUCGAUGCGCAGUAGGCAAGUGACGGGAAUGCUGUUGCGCGGUCCAGUACGAAGGGGAAAGCGUCGAACAGACGAUGAGGAACAGAGUCCAGUGGAUGAGGACGGGGAGGGGUUGCAUGGGUCAAGAUCAAGUCAGGAACCUCAAAGUCAGCAAUCACAACAAGAAUCACAGAGCCCAGAGCCAUCAUUCACUCAGGAUGCCGAACCAAACCGUGCUUCUCUAUAUUCAUCCACCUACAGAGAUUUUGCGUCAGGAAGCCCUGUAGCUUCAAGCCGACAGGACUCCAAGGACAUCCUCGGCUCCGUACUCAAAUCCAGAUCACCGCCACCUACUUUGGAUAGUGCUGAGAGAGAAAGUUCAGAUGAGAGGCCCCCACUAAAACCAGUCCAACAACCGGCUCAGCCUAUUUUCAAAGUACCAGCACCACGGCCAGCUCUGCCUUCAGCACAUGACCAAGAAAACGAAGCUCCACCAACAUUCAAAAGGAAUAAGCAGGAACCUAUGAUUGUUACCGAGAAGCCUUUACGACCUGAAAGUAGGGACUCAGAAGCCGUACUCCAACAAGUUACUACAUCUCCAUCUAGACAUGCCUUGGCGCAUCGAAGUCAAAAUACUCCACGGAGACCAGCACCACCACCUCCCAAAAUGUCAAUCAUUGAUACGGCUACCAGAACUGCUGGAGCAGCUACGACUUCAGGUGCUGGUGCAAGGAGGAAUCGCGUAAAGAUCAAUGGAAAGAUAUUUACAAGAUUAGAUGUUGUUGGUCGUGGGGGUAGUGCCCGAGUAUACAGGGUUAUGGCAGAAAACUCGGCAAUGUUUGCUUUGAAGAAAGUCAAUCUAGAGGAUGCUGACGAAUCAGCUGUCAUGGGGUUCAAAGGGGAGAUCAAGCUGCUUGAGAAGUUAACGGGUGACGAUCGAGUAAUUCAACUCAUUGAUUAUGAGGUGAAUGAUGACAAAGGGGUUCUCAGUGUGGUAAGUGAUACAUAUCUUCAAGGUCUGCUGUUCACUUUAUUAACAAAGCACAGCUUAUGGAACUUGGUGAAUUGGAUCUGAAAAAGAUGAUGGAUAUUCGAAAUAAGAACGAGCCUCAAAAAUUCGACCCCAGCUUCGUGAGGUAUUACUGGAAGGAAAUGCUUGAGUGCAUCCAGGCCAUUCAUCGACAUGAUGUAGUUCACUCGGAUUUGAAGCCAGCCAAUUUUGUUCUUGUCAAGGGGAGACUGAAGUUGAUUGAUUUCGGUAUCGCCAACGCUAUUGAAACCGAUGAGACCGUCAAUGUCCAUCGAGAAAAUCAGAUUGGAACGCCAAAUUAUAUGUCUCCUGAAUCCCUCAUAGAUUUUAACGCUACCCCCGAUCAUCGAGGACAUAUUCAAAGCAACGCUCCGAGACUCAUGAAAUUAGGCAAGCCUAGCGACAUCUGGAGCUUGGGCUGCAUCCUCUACCAACUUACUUACGGCCGACCACCAUUCGACCACAUCCAAGGCAUGCUCCCUCGCUGUCAAGCAAUCAUCAAUAAAAACUAUGCUAUCAAGUAUCCCGCAACGGGAAGUGGUAAUGUCCCCGUCCCACCGGGACUUAUCAAGACGAUGAAAAAGUGCCUGGAGAGAAAUCAAUUCAAGAGACCAACGGCUACUGAUCUUCUUCUUGAAUCGGAUCCUUUCUUGAAUCCGGUGGAGAUUGAUGAUGAUGCUUUGCCUAUCACCGAAGAACUUUUGGGCAGGAUUUUGUUGAAUGUUGCUAGUAAGAUCAAGGAUCAUAGUCCUACGGAGGCGGAGUUGCUUAGUCUUUGGCCGCAGGGGUAUUUUGAUCGACUGAGGAAGAAUAUGAAGGAGGGAAGGCCGCUUUAGGGUUAUCGCACCGCUUCACUCAGAGGAGAGGUGUUGUUGGAUAGUGGGUAGGGGUUGUUAUGAGGUACCUGUGGUGGUGGUGGUGUUGUUAGAUUUAUUUUAAGGGAGAGAACUAUCCUGUUGUUUUUGAGCGUGUUGGUAGAUUUAGUCUUUGGGUGUUUCCAUUCUUCUUUUUCAUUUGGCGAGGGAUUGGAUUGGGGUUUUGGGCGUUGAAAAGGAUACUGUAACGAAUUCUUUUUGAUAGCAUGGCUGCAAGGUAGCAUUGUUCUGAUCGAUCUGCCAUUUUUGAGAGGCUCUUGUUUGGAGGGGGGUGGCUAUGCCCAUCACAAUAUAUGUUUUUAUGGGGAUGAGAUAGAUGCGUGCGGGAAAUGAAUGGGAUGGGAUGGGAUGGGUUG